CAGAGACGAUCUGUCGCAAAAGCUGGACGAAUGUCCGCCUCAAACUUCUGGAAAAUGACAAAGGGCAAGAUCAUGGAAGGCGUCUUCGCUAUCAACAAACCCACUGGUCUCUCCUCUGCCCAAGUGGUGCGCGAUCUGCAAACCUACUUCAACCCAUCAGAGCUGUUCGCGCCUUGGCUAGAGUCGGAAACGAAGUAUCGACAGCAAGAAAGUCAUAAUCAGCGGAAACGAAGGAGGGAGAAGAAGAUCCAGGUCAAGAUCGGUCAUGGUGGAACUCUAGAUCCUCUUGCUACUGGUGUAUUGAUUGCCGGCAUUGGAAAGGGUACAAAGUCUCUGCAAGACUUCCUGAUGUGUACAAAGGUUUACGAAACAGUCGUCCUCUUCGGCACAAGCACCGACUCAUAUGAUCGAGUGGGAAAGGUGUUGAAAAGAGCUCCUUACGACCAUAUUACGAAGGAGAUGGUGGAGGAUACUCUUGGUCAAUUUCGCGGAAAGUUCAUGCAACUACCUCCACUAUUUUCUGCGCUCAAGAUGAAUGGCAAGCCUCUCUAUGAGUACGCUCGGGAAGGGAAGGAGAUACCCAGAGAGAUUGAGCGGAGACCAGUCGAUGUUUUGGAGUUGGAGUUGAUUGAGUGGAUGGAGGGAGGAACUCAUGAACAUGAAGCACCAACCGACGAAGCAGGACACGCAGAAGUCAACGUCGCAAAUAAGUUGUGGAAGCAGGAAAAUGCUCUCCCUGCCAAGCCGAAGAGCACGGAUGGUGCGGUGAAGAAUCUUGAAGAGAGCCAAGUCAAUGAUGGACAGCAUGGCCAGGCUUCGGCUGAUGCUCUACCUUCUAAGGCUGCGGAUGACACCGAUGGUCUUACAGUUACGGGUGGAAAGAAGAAUCACACAGCAAAUGAGACGAACAGUCAUGAUGUGACCGCUAGCUCGGGCGACGAUGAUUCACACUUGACCCAUGGUACCAAACAGGAAGCAGUGGCAAAUUCAACAAUAAAGGUCGAAGAAAAAGACAUAUCUCUACCACAAUCUAGUGUGCAAGAGUCUUCCGAAGGUGCUACGGAGGGGUUUGGUGAAACGGCCAAGGUCGAUGAAGGACGUGUAGAAUUCGAGCAGGAGAAGAGAAAGUUAGUCGAGAACCAAGACGACCUUGUCCAUGAGAGACCACCAUCGAAGCAACGAAAGAAGGUAACUUCCUCCGAGGAUGCGGUCAUGUCUGGAGGCUUGGCAGCUCCCGAAGUAGCAGCGGACGCAACUCCAAAUACUUCCACCACCGCUGUCAACACCCAUUCAGCUACGACCAAGUCAGCCAAGGGACCACCAGCAGCUCGACUCCGUAUGACUGUAACAUCAGGCUUCUACGUACGUUCUCUCUGCCAUGAUCUCGGUGCAGCUGUUGGUUCCGUUGCGCUUAUGGCUGAGCUGGAGAGAACCAGACAAGGCGACUUCGAGCUUGGCAAGAAUGUCUUGGAAUAUGAUGACUUGGCGCUUGGGGAGGAUGUCUGGGGACCAAAAGUUGAAGCUAUGCUUGAGGAAUGGUACCAAAACCACAAACCUCCGGCAUGAGAUUAGAUUCCUGAACUAUCUUCACCGACAGCACUUGCAACUUUUCUAUGUGUGGGGUUGGAGGAGCUACUAUUACAGUUUUCACCGGAGGUCCUUAUUCACUCGAUGCGGAGACAGUUUGGCAUAACUUUCAACUCAGAUACCACGGGCAGGCGCAUUUAAGUUCACGGUUGUAUUUGCAUUUCCAUAAGUUGCAUAGCGGGCUCUUGGCUGUACUAUAAUAGACGAAAAGCAUGGACUCUUUGGGAG